UACUUCUGAUUUUUAUGUGCACUUUGUUCUGUUAUAUUUACUGAUUGCAUGAAUUUUUAUAACAAUCACAGAAAAAUUGUAACAAUUUUCUUUCAAAAACAAUUUACCAUUCAUCUACUUAGAAUGGACGGUUAUUGUGUGGUGAAUAAACAUUCCCGAAUUCAAAGGCAACAAUAAAUCUUUAAAACAUUCUGUUUUAUUUCAUUGUUACGUCCAAAAGAAUUUCAUUUAACCCGUUGAGUAUUUGUAUUUCUUAUUUUUAAUAUUUAAAAACAUGGCAUUGUUAAUUGGUGAUAAAAUAGAAUGGUCUCUCAUGUUGAUAGCGAUAACAACGGCAACAUUUUUGGCAGCUAUUGACAGUAUAGUAUGGCUGUUUCUAAUCAGUGGCUUCUAUGUAGCUGGACUUAUAUGGGGUUUACGUUUGUUACAUUACUUUGGUAUAAGUUUUGGAGCUACAAAAGUACUACCAGAUUUAAAGGUUGAUAUGAAAGAAUCAUGUGGAGUAUGUGGUGGUAACGGAUGUAAAAGACAUCGACCAUCACAAUAUAAUACUCGUAUAAAAGUGCCAAAGGACUUCGACGAUGCUUUGGAAGAAUUGCUGGAGCAAUUGUUACAAACUUAUGUUUGUACCUGGUAUUCAGAUUUAUCAUCAGAUGAGACUUUUCUACAGCAACUGAAAAUAACUAUAGCAACAGCUGCCAGAAACAUUGCAGGAAGAUUGUUCUCUGUGAAUCUUGCAGGGAUUAUUUUUAAUAAUCUCAUACCUGUUGCAUUACAUCAUGCUCAGGAUUGGAAAGCACUAAUAAAACGUUCAAAGAGUCAGGGUGGCAGUCCUCAGGAUUACGUAGGUGAUUAUUUGGGAUCUAAAGUUCAUCCAGCAGCAUAUUCUCGCGAAGAGGAAUUAAAUUAUUUAAGAGGACUGGUCACAGCUCUUAUGCCACAUCUGUUACCUACCACACAUAUUUCUACCAAUAAUAGGGUAAUUCUAAGAGAAAUUCUGGCGAAUUGGGUCUUGUUGCCGGCUAUGGAUGCACUAGCAGACCCUGACAAUAUAAAUACCUUAAUUGUCUUGUCGACACAUCACGAGGGCACUUUAUCCGAAACAAUAGAUUCUAUUAGUGUACCAUUACUAUACUCUUGGGUUACACCACCGAUGAUUAUGCAAACUGAAAUUGAUCCCCUGAAACCUAGUUUGGAAGAUAUUUUGCAUAACCCUCAGCUGCUUUAUUUAUUUAUGCAACACAUCAAGGAAGCAGGUCCAGUAAAUUUGUUGCAGUUUUGUUUGGACAUAGACGACCUGAGUAAACGAAUGUUAAAUCCUGAGAUGUCACCAGAAACGGAAGAGAAUCUGUUUAUUGAUGCACAGAACUUAUACUCAACGUACCUCAAUCCUGAGGGUCCAGAUUAUUUACAUCUGCCAUUACACAUUUCAAUGGGCAUGCGACAAAUUCUAGAAAGUGGACCAUCAAAGAUUCAGGAACUGAGAACUUCUAGACCUCUUUAUCAAGCUCAUCAAGAAGCUCACGCAUUGCUAGAAGUCACUUGCCUACCCUUAUUUCAUCACAGUUACGAACUAUAUAAACUGGUUUGCGGUCAACAGACAUCCAGUAUCCCCACAAGAGCAUCAGGUCAAAUGAGUGGAGCAGGCGUAGGAGCUCGAUUGAGCAAUCAGUUUAGUAAAAUUCGUGGAGUCUUAAGAGCAUCCGCUGUAGACGGGGCGCCGUAUCAAUCCCAGCAAGUGUAUCAGGCAGAAGAGGUAGACUGCUCACCAAGGGCGUACAACGAGGACAAUAGUAAUAUAACUGAAUAUGGCCGAGAUUUAACGACCUGGCGAGUAACAGUUCCUCACGUAGACGGAGGAGGAGCUCAACCCUUAUACAUGGUAGCAGUGCAUAGCGUAGCCGAAGACAAGUCCUGGACAGUCCUCCGCAGGGACGUGGACUUCUACGACUUGCGUGCACGUCUCACCGAGUUCCACGGAGAUCGGGAGCUGAACGAUUCACCAUUGCCAACUCGGAAGACUCAGCAUCCAUCCUUAAAUACUAAUAGACAACGCUAUCAGGACUUCCUGCAGAAGCUCCUGGCUAAGCCAACCUUAAGGAGUAGUGAGCUCCUUCACAUAUUCCUUACGGCACCCAACCUGAAGCCUUACUUCACGAACUACAGCACACCUGACAUUGGUGUACUAUAUCAGAGUAUGGCCCACAAGUUGCGCAAGGAGAAGGGUCAACACUUAGACAAAUUUAUGUCCACCUUCUUGGCAUCGAUUAAUCUGAAGAAUGAGCACGCAGAUCUUGGCGUAGAACCUACGAGUGAAAAGAACUACAAUGAAACUGUGAAGAAGGGUCGUGAUUUAUUAGGAAGUGGGCCCUUUGGCAAUAAUUUAAAUUUGAAUCCCAGAAUUAAAGAUUUUCCAUACGUUGCAUCAAAGCGACAGCACGUUAAGGGAGCCAGUUUUUGUAUUGCUGAAGCUCUGGAAAGUCUUUUGGACACAUCUCAUUCUGUAUGCCGUGUUUCUUGGCUGGUGGCUUCUUUAUCGCGUAACAAUUUGGAUCCUGUGGUGAAUCGAUUACUUGAAAAUACUUUGGUGAAGUUAUUAAGCGGCGGUCGUGCGGCCAUUGUGGUGAAGUUAUUACAUUCCAAUAUUUGUGGUACGAAAUCUAACAAGAAAGACGUUAUGGUGCAUAUAAAGAAUAAGGAUAAAUAUAAGAAUGCUAAAGAGGGACUAUAUUCUUUACUCCCAUGGUGGUUUGUGGGAUUACAUUCUACAUGGUUCAAACUAAUGGAUUCUUUAUUAGAACCAUUGCAAAAUGCUCCUCUCAACAAACAUCUGGCUUAUAUGCUUUUAGAUCAAUUACUAGCCAAUCUUUUUCCAGAACUGACCACCUAAUACGUAGGCAACGCAACGCUCACAUUUUUCCACUAGUCUGUACUGAACUCUGUUAUCUUUGUGUAUAGUAUACUCAACGCAGCACGUAUAAGCAGAUAAUUCAUUUUCGAACUGUUAGGAAGAAUAAUUGUGUGUAUUAUUUUAAUGUAUAUUUGUACACGAUAUGUCUUGUACUUACAAAUUUUCAGAAUAAUUUGCCUAUAAGAACUGUUUUUUAUAUACAUAUAGUGUCUGCAAAUAAAUUUUAUUCACGACUGAGC